AUGGAAUCUGAUGAUGAUUUUAUGAGCGUUGCUUCGAGUGCCGAUGACUUUCUAGGUACUCAGGGCAGUGACGAUGAGAGCUUAGGAGACGACUUUGGCGACGAUUUCGACGGCGGUUUCUCGAAAGACAAAGAUAUGUUCGCGACACAACCGAAACCCUACGAAGUCGACUUCAAAGUCCUUAGCCCUACGGAAAUUGAACGAGAACAAAACCUACAGAUUAAUGAGGUUUCCUCGAUCUUAGGGUUGCCCCCAGAGUCGUCGGCAAUCCUAUUACGAUUCGGACGGUGGAAUCGCGAAAAACUGAUUGAGUCAUACAUGGAUCACCCGGAACAAACUCUAGAUGAGGCAGGCCUUGGAAACAACUUCGACUUGGUACCGAAGACUGAGGUGGUGCCGGGCUUCAUGUGUGAUAUCUGCUGCGAAGAUGGUGACAGUCUCGAGACAUACGCUAUGCGCUGUGGGCAUCGUUUCUGUGUCGAUUGCUACCGGCAGUAUCUCGCGCAGAAGAUCAGAGAAGAAGGAGAGGCUGCUAGGAUACAGUGUCCGGGUAACGACUGCCACAUGAUUGUCGAUUCAAAAUCGUUGGGCUUGCUUGUUACAGAUGAACUUCGAGAGAGAUAUCGAACACUCUUAACGCGGACUUACGUUGAUGAUAAGGAUAACCUUAAAUGGUGCCCGGCUCCGAAUUGCGAGUACGCGGUUGAUUGCCCUGUGAAGCAACGUGAGCUAAACCGCAUCGUACCGACGGUACAAUGCAGUUGCAAGCAUUACUUCUGCUUCGGGUGCACAUUGAAUGACCACCAGCCAUCGCCGUGUAGACUCGUCAAGAUGUGGCUUCAGAAGUGCGAGGAUGAUUCCGAGACGGCCAACUGGAUUUCGGCCAACACGAAGGAAUGCCCCAGGUGUCACUCCACAAUUGAAAAGAACGGCGGGUGCAACCACAUGACAUGCCGCAAAUGCAAGCACGAGUUCUGCUGGAUGUGCAUGGGCCUGUGGUCAGAACAUGGCACAAGCUGGUACAACUGCAAUCGGUUCGAGGAGAAGUCGGGCUCCGAAGCGCGGACUGAGCAAGCGCGCUCACGAGCUUCCCUAGAGCGAUACCUCCAUUACUACAACCGAUACGCCAAUCACGAACAAUCAGCCAAGCUGGAUAGGGAUUUGUAUCUGAAAACUGAGAAGAAGAUGACAAGUCUCCAGUCCCAAUCAGGGCUCUCUUGGAUCGAGGUGCAAUUCCUAGACACGGCGUCUCAGGCUCUGCAGCAAUGCAGGCAGACGUUGAAGUGGACGUAUGCCUUCGCGUACUACCUGGCUCGGAACAACCUGACGGAAAUCUUCGAGGAUAACCAAAAGGAUUUGGAAAUGGCAGUGGAGACGCUCAGUGAGAUGUUCGAGAAGCCGGUGGCAGAACUGGCAAGCCUUAAGGUCGACAUCUUGGAUAAGACUUCGUACUGCAAGAAACGGCGUGUGAUUCUUCUAACUGACACAGCCGAGAACCUGAGGAAUGGGGAGUGGCGCUUCAACGUUGACUGGUAG